CUACUCUUUUCAACAUUUCUUUUGUUCCAUAUCAGCAAACAAAGAGGGUAAGACCACAAGGAAACCAUGGAAUCAGAGACAAUGAGCGGUACUGGGAAGACGGUGUGUGUCACAGGUGCUUCAGGGUACAUUGCCUCAUGGCUGGUGAAGCUUCUGCUCGCAAGAGGAUACACUGUUAAAGCUUCUGUUCGUGACCCAAAUGAUACAAAGAAGACUGCACAUUUACUUGCUCUUGAUGGGGCAAAGGAAAGACUUCAUUUAUUCAAAGCAAACCUAAUGGAUGAAGGAUCGUUUGAUUCUUUAGUGGAUGGAUGUGAAGGUGUUUUCCAUACAGCAUCUCCAGUUAAUUUCGUAGACAAGAAUCCACAGGUUCAUUUCCAUUACAUCCUUGAGAUAGUUUCAACUGCUAUUUAG